CCACUGAGUUUAUUUCUCACCUCACUUAAACACCAAAUACAUAUAUAUAUAUAUUUUUGUUUAUUUGGGUUGUUUUCAUUAAAUUUUAUAUUCUUCAUUUCAUGGCUUGGAAGUACAAAGUAGGUCUGAUUCUUCUUGUUGCUGUUGUGGUUAUAUGGGUUACCUCUGCUGAAAUCACACAGAGUAUUUUUACGGACUACGAGCAUCCAUUUGUGGUGACAUAUGUUGGGACGUCCAUGUUGGUGGCUUAUCUUGCGAUUGCAUUCAUCAAAGAAUGCAUAAUGAAGAUUGUUAGAAGCCAUUUUCGAACAAAAGGAAAUUGUAGAAAAGUUGCAGAGAUUCAGUCUCCAUUGCCAGCUUUAGAAGAAAGAACAAAUCAAUCUUCUAAUAAUAAUAAUAAUACAACUUCAGAUGAAGUGGAAAAUAGAGAUGUUCAAUAUGUGGUGAACAUUAAUGAUAAUAAUAAUAAUAGUAACAAUAGUAGUAAUAAUAAUGGUGGGUGUGAAUUAUGUGAAGCUGAAAAUAUGGAGAUGAGAAUAUUGAAAACAGAGGAAGCAAAAUUUAGUACAAAGCAGAUUGCUGUUUUGGCUCUCACAAUUGGUCCCAUUUGGUUUGUCUCUGAGUAUUUUACAAAUGCAGCAUUGGCAAGAACAAGUGUAGCAACCACAACCAUAUUGUUCUCAACCUCAGGCCUAUUCACACUCAUACUUGACGCAUGCUUGGAACGACAAUCUUUAACCAUUGUCAAUGCUGUUGCAGUCGUUGUCAGCAUGGCUGGGGUUGUCAUGACUACUGUUGGCAAGACUUGGGCUAAAGACGAACCCCAAUCCUCCUCUUAUGGGCAUGGAAAGCACUCAUUUGUUGGUGAUGCUUUUGCUCUACUCUCUGCUCUAACCGAUGGACUCUACUACGUGCUUUUGAAGAAGUAUGCAGGGGAAGAAGGUGAAAAGGUUGACAUGCAGAAAUUUUUGGGAUAUGUUGGGUUAUUCACUCUCACUACUCUUUGGUGGCUAAUUUGGCCACUGAGAGCCAUUGGAAUAGAACCCAAAUUUAUGAUACCUCAAUCCACCAAAGUGGCUGAAGUCGUGCUUGCCAAUUGCUUUGUGGCUAAUUUUGUGUCAGAUUACUUUUGGGCCAUGGGUGUUGUUUGGACAAGUCCACUAGUAGCUGCUUUAGGUGCAUCGUUAAGUAUACCACUUGCCAUGAUAGGAGAUAUGGUCCUCCAUGGUCGCCAUUAUUCUUUGGUUUAUAUUUUUGGAUCUAUUCAAGUAUUUUUGGGAUUCAUAAUUGCUAACUUUUCGGAUUGGAUAUCGCUGAAGUUGAAGUUGAGGAAAAAGUUCUUCAAUGAAGCGAAGUAAAUACAUGACGAAGCUGAUCUUAAUAUUGAUUAAUCAUAUAUGAUAUGACCAUAUAUGUUAAUUAUAUAUUUUGGAGGGGUCAAUUAUAUUUUUUUCCCUAAUAACACUUGAGGGAUGUAUCACUAACUUCAGUUUAUAAAUCUUCACUAAGAAAAGAGGGAUUGUAUAAUGACAUACUUUUGAGUUUUAAUAAAGGCCAAAUAAGUAUACAACAAGUUCUUUCCUUUUGCUAUUAUAUUAUUAUAUGCACUAAUAUAAGAUUAUUAUUUUUCUUUUAUUU